GGCGGUCACCUCCCUCGCCUGCCCUCAAGGCCGAGCCUGCUAAUGGAAAACUGAUUCUGAUCAGCAAUCUUCGAAGAGAAGAAGGAGACUCAAGUAUGGAAGAUGGCGAAUCAUCGACCAAUAAUUUAUCGCGUCCAUGGGAAUCUUACAACACCGUCUUCACCAACGCCAAAGCGGGAAUGGAGGGAGUUGAUAAGGAGAAAGUACAGAGGAUUGUAUAUGAAAUGAGUAAAGGAUCCAAGUAUUUUCAAAAUGAGGAACGUAAGGAAGCUCUUAUGAAACAGAAGAUAGAGCAUAUGCGUGAUAGGUGUGCGAAGCUCUCUUCGUCUGAUUUAUCUAAUUAUCAGAAGGUGGUUGAUAGAAGGAUCUUAGAGCUUGAAGCUACACGUGACUUAUCCAGAAUUUGGCUGCAUGUUGAUAUGGAUGCUUUUUAUGCUGCUGUUGAAACUUUGAGCAAUCCUUCGCUCAAGGACAAGCCGAUGGCCGUUGGAGGCUUGUCCAUGAUCUCCACAGCUAAUUAUGAGGCAAGGAAGUUUGGGGUCCGUGCAGCAAUGCCUGGCUUCAUUGCGCGCAAAUUGUGUCCAGAUUUGAUAUUUGUUCCUGUGGAUUUCACCAAGUAUACUCACUACAGUGAUUUAACAAGAAAGGUUUUUAAGAACUAUGAUCCUCACUUCAUAGCUGGGAGCUUGGAUGAAGCCUACCUUGACAUAACUGAGGUUUGUCGAGAAAGAGGUCUUUCAGGUGGAGAAAUUGCAGAGGAGCUUAGAUCUUCUGUUUAUUCCGAGACUGGAUUGACAUGCAGUGCUGGAGUAGCGGCAAACCGCUUGCUUGCCAAGGUUUGCUCAGAUAUAAACAAGCCUAAUGGACAGUAUGUUCUACAAAAUGACCGAGCAACUGUCUUGACAUUCAUAUCUUCCCUUCCUAUAAGAAAGAUUGGGGGAAUCGGGAAGGUUACCGAGCAUAUUUUGAAGGAUGCUUUAGGAAUUAAAACAUGUGAGGAGAUGGUGCUGAAGGGAUCUCUUCUCUAUGCUCUCUUCACUCAAUCUUCAGCAGACUUUUUCCUCUCUGUUGGACUGGGGCUUGGGAAAACAGACACCCCUCAGGUUAGGUCUCGUAAAAGUAUUAGCAGUGAGAGGACAUUUGCUGCCACCGAAGAUGAAAGACUGUUAUAUUCAAAGUUAGCUGAAAUUGCAGAAAUGCUAUCUCUUGACAUGAAAAAGGAGGGUAUAACGGCGAGGACACUAACACUUAAACUGAAAACUGCCUCCUUUGAGAUUAGGAGCAGAGCUGUUAGCCUGCAGAGGUACACAUGUUCAAGCGAGGACAUACUAAAGCAUGCUACAAAGAUGUUGAAAGCGGAACUCCCUGUUUCCAUAAGGCUGAUAGGGUUGCGCAUGUCUCAAUUCAAUGAAGAAAUCCGCCAUUCUGAUCCUUCACAGGAAACUAUUACCAAGUUCAUCGUUCAAAAGGAUUCCUCAAGGCAAAAUCUGGAUGAUAGCGACUCAAUUGACUUAGACGCUAGUAAGAUUGACGGCGAGAGCUUAAAUUUAUCCUUUGGUUCUCAUGAGACAAGCUAUGCUCAACAGAAGGAUGUUGUCGAAUAUGAAGAAGAAUCCCGAAUAGAUGCCGACAAAGUAAUCCCAAAUCAAGAAUGUGAGAAUAAAGAAGAAAAGCCACGAGUAUUGGAAGGAGAUGCUCUGCUUAUUAAACACACGGAUUGCAAACCUGAUACAAGUCACUCAAUGAAUGAUAAUUCUAAUACACAAAACACCAAAGCAGUUUCAGUAUUUCCACAGAUGGAACCUUUAUUUUGGAUUGAUGGCUACAGAUGCAACUUGUGUGGGAUCGAGUUACCUCCAUCUUUUGUUGAGGAACGACAAGAACACUCUGAUUUCCAUCUCGCACAGAGACUUCAGAACGAAGAAUCUGGCUCUAGUUCGUCUACAAGACCUGCUCCAAAACGAAGGAUUCUUGGUAAGGAAAAGGCAAAUUCCAAGCCGAAGAAGCAGAAACCAGAUCAAAAGGAAGGUAGCAAGCACAUCCCAAUACACACAUUCUUCACAAGGAGCAAUCAAAACUCGAACGAAACCCAGAGGAAAUGAAGAUGGCUCUAAAUCUAAUCCCACCGAAACUCAAUCUCUCGCCGUCCAAUUCCCUCGGCGAACCCAGAUCGUUACCGUCAAUGUCCGACAUCCUGACGUCAUCAAGAGCUCGAAAGCUUGACUUAAAGAUCCAAACUUUAGGGCCGUUUUUCAGAGUGACGGGGAAGAACGCAGACACAGGCGGUGAGGUCGGACGAGCAGAGGGAGUGGUUCGGCCAUGGUUCGGGCGCGGCUUGGUUCUGCAUCUGGAUACGAUAAAACUGACGAAAGAGACGAUGGCGAUGGAUAAGUCUGUUCUUGGAGUUGGUUUAUACGUCGGAGCUGUAGCUAUUCGCCAUGGCUACGACUGUGGUUGCCGCACUGCUCAGCUUCUCGCUAUCUACGACUCCGAUCUCUACCAUUCCAAGCUGGUUAGGUUUUACAGAAGAAUUGGGUUCGAAGAGGUGAAAGAAGUGAGUGGAUCGUCGAUUGGAGACAUGGCUGAUAUGUUAGUGUGGGGUGGAGUUGGCACUCGCAUGGAUGCUAAUAUCCAUCAUCUUCUUGUUAAAUGGUCCAAAGUUUUCCUCAAAUCAACUUCUUAAUGACUUGUAUAUCACGUUCCAUCUAAAACCAAUCGAAACAUACAAUUUCUGACAAGAAUCUUAUAUGCACAUCAAAUGUUUCUUCACAGCU